CCCGCGGGAGCAGCUCGGCGGGACCGCGCUGCAAGGAGCUGUCAGGAGAGGGGUCGCGCCCGCGGACACCCUCUGCAAGCGACCGCCCUGGCAAUGCGAUGGGAGCGCUGCUGUGCCGGGCCAGGCUGGGGGAGCGACUUCCAGGAGAACUCACCCUCUCCAGAGCCAGCCUGGAUACCUGCUUCACCAGUGCGGCCAGCCCGUCCCCUGUCCAUGCUCCAGUCAAUCCUUCCCUGUCUGCUCUCUGGCUGCCCCCUCACAAUCUCCGGGCCACUAAAAGUCCCACGAGCAGCAGGGUGGAAACCGGCCAAUGGACGCUGCAGGGGCUGUGCUUGCAGACGAGGGCAGCACAUGGAGACCUGCUACCUCCCCUCCCCCCAAGGGAUGCGCAGAGACAUGCAAGCAGCAGCCGCCACUUCUGGUAGCAGCAUGGGGCCACAGGAAGCAGACAGCCUGCCUGAGCCCUGCUGCUAUGCCGGCUGGGAGCCGCCUGUGGACUCAGCCGGGACCCUGGAUGUGGGCCAGCAGCCAGGAUACUGGGCCGGCAGCAGAGUCCUGGGCGCAGGGAUGGCAGCUGGGACCCGGGGUGUGAGCCUGCAGCCAGGAUCCCUGGACAGGCACCUGCAGCCAGGAUCCCUGGUGGAGGGACAGCAGCCGGGACCCCAGGCACGGCGCCAGUAGCCAGGAUCCCAGGCUGGUAGCAGAGUUCCGGGUGCAGAACCAGCAACCAAGACCCCAGGCAUGGAGUUGUCAGCUGGGAUCUCAGGCAUGGAGCUGGCAUCCAGGAUCCCGCGCCAUCAGUGAAUCCCCAGCAUGGGGCUGGCAGAAAUCUUUAACGGCGACCUUUCAAAGAAGAAGAGCCAUUUUUUUGUUUUUGUCUUUGACCAAAAUAUUUCAAGAGCCACAUCACACACAAAGUUACUUGUAGAGUUAGAAUUUAUCCGCUAAUAAUAAUUGAACUUAUUAAA